ACUGGUGCUGGUGUUGCCUAGCAAGGCAGCUGCCUGUUGCCUCAAGUAGGGAAUAUUCCUACCCAGGCCCUUGAUCGCCGCCAUCCUACUGCCGAGUAGCCUCUGUGAACCCUAACCUCUCUCCUCUUUUCGGCGAAAGAAGAGAGAGAGAGAGAGAGGGAGAGACAAAACGAGAAAGGGAGAAGCACUCCGUUACUCGUGCUGCCGCUUGACGUUGGCUGCGAGUGCCGCAACGUUAGAUUACCGUCGAUUCGCGAUAUCGACGUAUGACACCUGAUUGGCCAAUCAUCUGUCUUGAUCGAAGAAACGCUUGAGAUAAAUCAAACUUGCGUUCAAAGUUUAACGUCCGUCGUGGAGUUCAUUUGCAUUUUGGUUCUGAGAAAAGAGGAUCGAUCGUUGGUGUCGGAUCGCGCGCAAAAUUACAGAUCUCUGUGAGAUCGCGCGGGAUGUCGAGUAAAUGCCGCUGUUAUUCCGUAAAUGUCGGGAAUUGCUCGACGACUGCAACGUGGCGACUCACUGUGGGAAGUCGUUUAGCAAAAAUUGUCACGCACGUUUAUUUCCUACCGCGACGAUAACUUCCCCGUUACCUACCGAUUCUUCGAUUUCUCGGGAGUCAGCGCAAUCUCGAAGCCUAUUUUCGUACAAGCGAAAGUUGGCCGAUAUCUCGCAAACCAGAGCAACAAGAACGACCGAAGGAAUAUCGAGGAAAUUGGAAGGAAAUUCAGUCGCAUCUCUACGAGGAAAACAGAAGCGAAGUCAACCGCAGAAUGUCUCACGCUCAGUCAAGGAUUCGAAUUGCGGUGGAGUAAUGAGCAGCCCUCAGAAUCAAUUAAGUACGGGCGAGAAUCGAACGAGAGUGACCCUCUCCACCUGCGAGUCUGCUACCUCCCGCGAGUCUAGGACCGCCGUUCCCGAUAUACCAAGACGAAAGUGCUCGUGCCUGCCGUUAGCGGUGGCGAGUCGCAACCCCUGCGUACCUUCUCGCAGACGAGUGUCCUUCAGCGACGCCGUCGUCGAUCACGAUCGCCGGACGAUCAUGCAAAAUGACCUGACGUGCUCACGUCACGAUAACAGUUGUAGGGCCGAUAACGGCGAACGGGAAACAUUCUACGACAUUUGGCAAGCGGAUGAUUCUGUGGCUGGCAGGAGCGACGACGGAUACGAAAGCACGCCAAGGAUCGAUAAUUACUCAGAAAACCGCGUAUCGGGUUACACCUUCAACAAAGGCCGAGAUUCGUCGGAAAAUGUCGACGAGAACGUCGUGAGAGAUGGACGCAUGCGAGACACGCAGGAUGGCGACGGCGAGAGCGACGUUCGUUCAGCGGAUCGCGUUGCCGAAGACAUGGAGGAGAAAAUCGAGUACGAAGACGGUACUAUGUCGAACGAGGAUGUAUCUAACUCCUUCAGCUACAAGGAUGUAGACUCGAUCGGCCGUGACGAGUGCCGCAUGCGAGGAGGUUGUGGUGGAUGCUGCGGAGCGCCACGCGAGAACAUCAGAAGGAGUUCACAGAAUCACGGUUGCUGCUGCUGCUACUGCGGCGGAGGACUCGUCGCGGAGCCGAAUGAAUCAUGUGCGCCGGAGCCUACUAGGUGCGACAGUGGUGUCAAGGCAGCUGCUCGCACCGCGAUCACGGCAGCGUGCACCGUCGUGCCGGCACCGCGUUGCUGUUGUCGUUGCGCCCAAGGGUGUCGUCGAGCGGUCUGCAAGAAAGCAGCCACCAGCUCGAGAUGCCGGUCCAUCCUCGGUAGCGGAUGCUGCGCUAACGAUAGGACAAAAUGCGGUGCUGAUGGAGCCUGUUGCCGACAGAAACUGCCGGUGAGCUGCGAGUGCUUCGGUGGCGGUCUCGACUGUCGACGAUGCGGGAGGAAGGUCUACCAGGCUGAGAUGCAAAUUGCCUCUGGAGCGCCGUAUCAUAACAUUUGCUUCAGUUGCUUUUGUUGCCGCAAGCCUUUGGAAUCGUUGACUUAUCAGGAAAACUGUGGCGAGAUAUAUUGCAAACAAUGUUACGUGCGUAAUUUCGGACCGCAAGGGUACGGUUAUGGCGCGGGGGCCGGUGUGCUGCAAACUCCCUUGUGAACUUGACUGCCCGAUGUCUUCGUGAAAAGAAAUAUCCAAGUAUAACACGUUUUUAUAUGUUCUCGUUGAUUCUGCUUUUACUGUAGUUAUAAAGUUAUGCGUAAGGUUUAAUGCGCACGUUAGAGAUCGGCUUUCGCGGAGCCGUGACAUUUUGUACGACGACGUUUUGUGUUUACACGGUGUUUGAUAUAAGCGUUUUUUCUCGAAUAAAUUUUUCUGACUAGAUAUUCAGUAGUGUUAUUAAUCGCGCUGUUAGACUCGAUUACUCGGUCACCGACAAAAGGAGGAAGACACAAUAAAGUGAUCAGGCGCGCAAACGCGGAGCGAAUUAAACGAAAAAACGAUAGUGGGAAACGGGAAAAUAUUCGCGACAUAGAAGAAAAGAAUUGAAGAAUUUGGUCGGACCUUGCGUGAGAGGGAAAAGGAGUAAUACAUUUAGCUUAUGGAAUCUCUAUUCGCACCGAUUUGUCGGGGACACACUGAAAAAAGGAUCAACCAAAUAUUUGGUGAUUAACCAAAAAAUUUAAUAAAAAAUUUUGUUUUACUUUCUCAGUAAUAUAUUUAUUUAGUCACUAAGCAAAGUAAAAUAGCAGCAAUUAAAUUUCUUGAUUACAAUCAUCAAACAUUUAGUUGAUUCCAUUUUAACCAAAUUUUGGCUUCAAUGACCAAAUCCGUUUUUCAGUUUUCGAAACAAGUUUCAGUAAAUCGAAACAAAGUACAGACGGCGAAAAGAGAAUCGCAAAUUGCAGGCAAGAGAACUGCUAGA